AUGCGUUCCGUUAUUCGUUCCUGCGUCAUCUUUCCAGCUGCGGGAGUAGCAAUGCGUCACGACUCCUCGCAACAAUGGGUGCUGAACGUUAUGUACGGCACUGGGCUGGCACCGCGUUAUGGCUCGUGGAAAAGUUUUGGGGUAGGGGAUGCAUUGAAGGAAAAUGAUACACCGGUGCUUUACUGCAAGGCCCUCGUGCAUGCAAGUGGUGGUGGACGCCGCGCCCGCGACUGGGUCGCUGGGUGUUCAGCCGCCUUAUUCCCAUCGUAUGAGUUGCUUAAAAUUGCCAUGCGCCAUAACAGCAGCGAGGAGGAUGUAGAGCGAUAUCGAAGGCACCUGGUGGAGACACUAGAGAAGGCACAGGGACCGCAGACUGGCUCAGCAAAUGACGCUGGAAAUGUAACCAGUGGCGAGGAUGGUAGUAAAUCGGAUACCGAAAAUGACACUGACAUUAACAUGCGUCUUAGUCAAAUGCCUGAAGUUCGUUGUUUUGUAUACGACGCAAUGAGGGCAGCGUGCUUUCACCGCUACAAGAAGGUUCCUGAGGAACAGCGAGUCAAGCUCUUCACUGUAGCAGCGCGACUUGGGUUGGAUGAGGGGACAACCAUGGCAAUAUGGCGACUUGUCGAGAAGGAGGGUAUUGUGGCACGAGAUAAGCAGCGAGCAUUAGAAAGUCCAUGGAAUGAUUGA